AUGGACAUGGUUGAUAUCUUGGUGGCACCGUAUGAAUCGGACGCGCAGUUAGCAUUCUUAACUCAAACUGGAAUUGCUCAUGCGGUAGUGACCGAGGAUUCUGAUUUGAUAGCAUUCGGUUGUGAGAAGAUAAUACUCAAAAUGCAAGCAGAUGGUUCAUGUACAAUAUAUGAAAGAAGUGAGUUACCGAAAUGUUUCUCUCGACCACUCUGUGAUGAUUUUGACUUCACAAAAUUCCGACGUAUUUGCAUUCUCGCUGGUUGUGAUUAUCUUAAGAACGGUUUACCGGGAGUUGGUCUCAACAAAGCUGCAACAUUCAUGUCGAAAACCUCCGGAACUAAUUUGGAACAGAUUUUACCUCGAUUACCGCGUUAUUUGAAUAUGAAAAAUUUGAAAAUCAAAAAAGAAUUUAUCGCGGAUGCGAUACGGGCCGAGAACACAUUUUUACAUCAGAUUGUCUAUGAUCCCCGUCAACGACGACAACGACCUCUGAAUGAGUAUCCAAAAAGCGAUGGGACUCCGGAAGAUGAAGAUUUUGUUUGCAUUACGAUAGAUGACGAAAAUCAAACGGAUUAUUCGUAUGCGGGGAAAAUUGACUCACCAACAACCGCUUUCAGGCUAGUAUCUACAUAUUCGGAUUCAGAUGCACAAUUGAAUUUUAAGAUUCGGAUGGCACUUGGUAACUUAGCUGAGCAACCGCGGAUUUGCGAUAAGUUCACAUUACCAAAAGAAAUUCCUGAAUGGUCGAUUUGGAGUCCGAACUUCAGAAAUGGUGCCGAACGAUUGAAAGCUAGGAAAGAAGCCGAAGAAGCAAAGAAGCAAAUGUGUGGAGCAUUCGUGUUGACUGGUGUUAGAAAAGUUCAACGAUCAUCGACAGCAAUAAUUUAUGAGAAGAAUGCGAGGGAUGACGAUACAACUGUGAGCGGUGAAGAAGACGAAGAUGAUUUCAUCCAACCGAUACAAACAAAAUCAAAUCAUGCGGUAAAUAAAAACAUCAAGGUAAAUUCUCUUGUAUCUAUAUCGAACACCUUAAUAUGUAAUUGA